AUGGCUUCAAGAGCUACUCCGGAGGCCAACACCACCUCGGGCUGCCCUGGCAGCUGCGGCAGCAUAUCCAUCCAAUAUCCGUUCGGCAUCGGCGCCGGCUGCUUCCGAAAUGGCUUCGAGAUCAUCUGUGACCACGUCACAGGCACGCCGGUGCUCGCCGGCACCACGAGGCCCGUCCCGGUCAACCUCCUCUCCAUCAGAACCGCGGAGGCCCGUGUGAUGCUCCCUGUCGCGUGGGAAUGCUUCGACUUCUCCAACACCGUGUACGCCUCCAGCAACGGCGAUGUGCAUUUCAACCGCGACGACGUCUACCGCAUCUCCAACACGCACAAUCAGGUCGUUAUAAUCGGUUGCAACACCCUGGGUUACACCCAAAGCCAGCGGAGCGAAGGCAACGGCUACUACCCCUACGCCUACUACACCGGCUGCAUGUCCUUCUGCAACAGCUCUGAUAGCGCGGUGGAUGGCGCCUGCGCUGGCGUUGGGUGCUGCCAUGUCGACAUCCCUCCGGGCCUCACCAACAACAAUAUGGCCUUCGAACACUACAACCACACGGCAGUGCUGGACUUCAGCCCCUGCGACUACGCCUUCCUGGUGGACAAGGACAGCUACACCUUCCACACAACUGACCUGAACAUGGACAAGAACACCACGAUGCCGGUGUGGCUGGAUUGGGCCAUCCGCGGCAACCUCACCUGCAACGAGGCAAAGAAGGCACAGAGCUAUGCUUGUGUGAGCACCAGCAGUGAGUGCCGUGACUCUUCCAAUGGACCUGGGUACGUCUGCAACUGCAGCAAGGGAUACCAAGGCAAUCCCUAUAUCGCCGGCGGUUGUACUGAUAUCAACGAGUGUGAACAUAAGGAGUAUCCAUGCCGAGGCAUUUGUGAGAACACAUCAGGUUCCUAUGAGUGCAAAUGCCCUAGAGGUACUCACAGUGCCGAUCCACUGAAUAUUCCCUGCAGCCCCAAUUUUCCGCUUGCAGCAAAAAUUGUCACAGGUGCAAUAGGUGGACUUUUCAUCAUUGCCAUUGUGGUGUUCAUCUUUCUUCUUGGCAAAGAGAAACGGAAGAUGAAAGAAUUCUUUAGGAAGAACGGGGGCCCUCUAAUUGAAAAGGUUAAUAAAAUUAAGCUAUACAAAAAGGAGGAGCUAGAGCCAAUACUAAAAACAAGUAAUCGUAUUGGACAAGGUGGCUUCGGUGAGGUUUACAUGGGGUAUCUUAGAGAUGAAAUUCGACCAGUGGCAGUCAAGAAGCCCAGGAUUGAUGUUAAAUUGGCAAACCAAUUUGCAAAUGAAGUUAUCAUUCAAUCUCGAGUCUUGCAUAAGAAUAUUGUCAACCUCAUAGGUUGUUGCCUAGAGGUUGAUGUCCCAAUUUUGGUCUAUGAGUAUGUGCCCAAUGGUAGCCUUGAUAAGAUUCUGCAUGAAAGCAAUGGGAUGCCUCUGGACUUGGAUCUACGCCUCCAGAUUGCCGCACAAUCAGCGAAGGGCCUAGCGUAUAUGCAUUCUGAAAUCACAACACCAAUUCUCCACGGUGAUGUUAAACCAGCUAAUAUCCUUUUGGACGAAAAUUAUAUACCGAAGAUCUCUGACUUUGGUACAUCUAGGAUGAUUACCAUUGAAGAAAAUUACACAAGCACUAUCAUUGGUAACUGGGGCUACAUGGAUCCAGAAUAUGUGCAAACAGGCCUAUAUACGAGUAAAAGUGACGUCUACAGUUUUGGUGUCGUGCUCUUAGAACUCAUUACAAGGAAGAAGGUCUUAGAUCCUGAAAUCAAUAACUUACUCGGGAAUUCCCUUGACACCUACACAAAGAAGAAGGGAGUGAUCGAGCUUGUUGAUCCAGAAAUUUCAGCAAAAGGAACCAUUGGGAUGUUUCAUAGUUUGGCAGAAAUUAUUGUGCAAUGUCUAAAUCUUGAUGUUGAUCUAAGGCCAGAGAUGGCAGAUGUAGCAGAGCGUCUUCAAUUCCUAUUGAAGUGA